AUGGCGGCACUUCCGACGUCUAAUUUUGGACCCGAAUCGUCGCAAUACUCCACGGAAUUUGGCCAGUCUCAAAUGGAAUUCAUGUCCGGUGAAAGUGGCGCCGCUGCCGAAAGCACUACCACUGGAGAAGGCAACUUCGUUCCCCGCCCCAAGCGCAUCGCAUGUGUUGUCUGUCGGAGGAGGAAACUGAGGUGUGAUGGGAGACGACCGAGCUGUGGGACUUGCUCACGUCUGGGACAUGAAUGUUCCUACGAUGAAGUGCGCAAGAAGAGUGGUCCUAAACGGGGAUAUGUCAAGCAGCUUGAAGCGCGAUUAGCUCAAGUAGAGACUCUUCUCAAAGGUCAGGACCCGGAACCCACCCAACGAACCUCCCCACCUCAACCAUUGGAGAAUGCAUUCACAGCACCUAUCGCCGAUGAAUCUAUACUGAAUUUGCCUGACCUCUCGGGCUUGGGAGGGCUAGAAGGCAUUGGAGAAAACAUGGAUAACUCGUACUCAACUUCUACUGCUCCCAGCGCAGGAAUGUUAUUCCCUCCGCCGCCAACUACCCAGGGUGGAGGCAACUCUCAAUGGGACUUGAUCAGUCUAGGACUGGAGGAACCCCUUCCUUCACAGGAUGUGAUUGAUGAACUGGAUGCUUUAUUCUUUGAGAAGAUAUAUCCAAUGAUGCCCAUCAUCCACCGCCCCCGUUACUAUGCAGCCCUGAAUCUCGCCCCUAAUAUGCGCCCACCGAUCUGCCUACGAUACAUUAUGUGGUGCAAUGCCGCAUCUGUCAGUGACAAAUACUUCUUUCUGCAUAAUCAUUUCUACCAGCGGGCACGCAAGUACGCCGAGGCGGACGAAAUGAAAGGAUUCGGGGAGAACAUCGUCAGUUUAGCACAUUGCCAAACAUGGAUAUUCAUCGGCACAUAUGAAUUCCGAAUGAUAUAUUUCCCACGAGCCUGGCUGAGCGUUGGAAAAGCUGCAAGACUAGCACUGAUGUUGGGAUUGAAUCGGCUUGACGGUGUUGGCCUCGAUGUCAAACAAUCCAUUUUACCACCAAAAGAUUGGACAGAGCGUGAAGAACGCAGGAGAGUCUUCUGGGGCGCAUUUGCCACAGAUAGAUAUUCAAGUGUUGGAACCGGUUGGCCCAUUCUUAUUGAUGAGAACGAUGUCAUGACCAACCUCCCCGCAUCCGAAGAAGCUUUUACCAAGAGCAAGCCACAGCGAACACUUCAUCUAAACGAUAUCGCCACCGGAGCUGUCUCUACACUAGCACCUUUUGCCUGCGUGAUAGUUUUGGCAAGUCUUUUCGGUCGUAACCUCAUACACAUUCAUCGGCCUCAGCCCCAAGACAACGAUCAUGACCUCAACGGAGAGUUUUGGAAGCGCCACAGAAGCCAUGAUAAUAUUCUCCUGCACAUCUCGCUCUCGUUGCCUGAUCACCUUCGACUUCCAAGUGGUAUGUCGGACGUCAACGUCAUUUUCGCCAACAUGAGCAUCCAUACUUCAACAAUAUGUCUUCACCAAGCCGCAAUCUUCAAGGCCGAAAAGAACAAGAUGCCGAAUCAGAUUACGACCGAGAGCAAACGCAGAUGCCUUGUCGCUGCCAACCAGAUUUCGAGUACCAUGAAGAUGAUCAGCCACGUUGAUUUGACAAGCCUAAAUCCUUUCAUGUCAUUUUGUCUCUAUAUUGCUGCUCGCGUCUUUGUCCAGUAUCUUAAAUCCCGACCAGAGGAUUCCAGUGUUCAUUCCUCGUUGCAAUUUCUGGUCUCUGCUCUGAACGCUAUGAAGAACAAAAACCCUCUAACAGAGUCGUUCCUUGUUCAAUUGGAUGUUGAUCUUGAUGGAACUGGCAUUCGCGCUUUGGACGAUAAACAUAAAACCAACACGUCUGCUGCACAUUCGAUUUCGAUGGUACAAAACUGCCAUGAUAAUGUCGACUGUACCCCUAUCUACAGCAUCCGUCAAACACAGGGGAUCGCGAAGGAGGUGUCUCCACAAUACAGUUCAAAUCGCGGUGACAAUCAACAGUCUAUGUCUGCCGGUUUGACCAGUUCCCUCCCUAGCCGGAACCGGGACUCAACGACACAGCCCACCGCAGGACAAGUCUUCAAUGGCGACGACACGCGUCGUUAUUUUGGAACUUCCACUCAGGCGACAGUUCCACAAAUGGACCAGGCCGGACAACCACGGGCCAUUGUCGAUGUGGACAUGGAUUUUCCAACUGAUUUUGGCAACCUCAGCGACAGGAACAACCCACCAUCAGACCAUCCCACUCCCUCAACUUUGAAUUCAUCCUCCAACACCUCCUAUUCAAUCAAUGGUGCUGACAAUCCCUCACCGGGGAGCAACAAUCAAACGAUGAACCCGGGAUAUCCGAAUCAGGCGUCCGCCGCCUCCUUUGACAAGGCCAAUCGAAACAUCAUGCCACAAGGAAACACAAACCCACAGGUCACUGAUUUGGGCUCUAUGGCUGGUCGGUUUUAUCCAAACAGUUCCGAUAGUCCAUCAGUUGGCACAGGAGCGUCGGGAAUCUUUUCCAUGCCUUCUGCUUGGGACCUUCCAACCCCAAAUCCAGAAACAGGCAAUGGGAGCUAUGGCAGUCUAAACAUGGAGACUUUUAGUGAAUCUCAAUGGGCUCAGAUGUUGAAUAACCAAAUCCAGAGUGAACAUAGAGCCGACACCGGCUGGGAGAACUGGCGGCCAUCAUGA